AUGCAGAGAGUCAGAACAGGGUGCCGUAACUGCAGAAGGAGGCACAAAAAGUGCGAUGAAUUGCGACCUGUGUGCACCAGCUGCUCGAAAAAGGGGGAGACGUGCCAAUGGCCCUUGAAAGGAGAUGUGAUCAGGAUCAACACUGGGGAUUCCGUUAAAAAGUCCAAUGGAUCACCUGAAAAUGCAAAAACUCCAUCCACAGUUCACUCUGAAGUUGCUGGUUCUGUGGGCUCGGAGGUUGCUUCUACAUCGCCUGUACAUGGCGAAUACAACUACGACGACUAUGAUGUGCUCCACAACGUGUUUCGAGACUAUAUGUUUCUGAACGCAUUCACAACAAACCCAUUGGAGCCUUUCUAUCUGGAGGCUGAGGCGCUGGAAGUGACUCACUCGCUUGACAAUUUUGUCACGGAGCCUCCACCGCCCGAUUUGCCUCAAGACGAGAAAAUCAGACUCUUGAACAGGUACAUCUCGGAGGUUGCACCCUGGCUGGACAUGUUUGACCACCGCAACCAGUUUACGUCACGCUUGCCUCUUAUGGUUAAAGAGAGGGCUCUACUGUAUUCGAUUCUUACAAUCGCUAGUCGACAACAGGAAAAGUUUGAUACUUCCGCAAAGGAGCGCACUUUUCGGCUCUACGAGCAAUGUCUCACCCAUCUGUUGCCCAAGGUGAAGCAGGUUCCGUCUAUGGAUAUUGUGUCGAGUUGUGUCAUACUUUGUUGUUUUGAGAUGAUGGCUUCGAAUAGUCCAAGUCCUGCCUGGAGAAAACAUCUAGAAGGCUGUGCCGAGCUGUUCAAGACAGCCGAAGUAAACGGCUUUUCCGGAGAACUCAAAAGCGCCGUAUUUUGGUGCUUCGCCCGAAUGGACAUAAGUUUCGCCAUUGCUGGGAGAAUGCGGACGGUAAUACCUUGCGAAAGGUGGUUGCCAGCAGGAAGUUCAGUGUACGAUGCGCGUUCUUUAUUCCAUAAAAAUGUUACUUGGAACGAGGCCUGCGAUAACUUUGCCAACUACAGUGUGUUUUUGAUGUCGCGUGUGCUGAACCUCAUUUUUGCGCCAUCGUUGGAGCCUAAAGAGUUUGAAUCGGAGUGGCUACGAUUAUUUAAUGAACUGUCUCUUUGGUGGGACGAGCGGCCGGGAGAGAUGCGCCCAGUUGAAUUUCAAAACCCAAGUAACGAGGUUCCUUUUCCGAAAAUCCUCUAUUGUGUUUCACCUGCGAUCUCUGGGAAUCAGCUUUUCCACACAUCGGCAAUUUUGCUAAUGUCGAACCGACCUCGGGUUGAUGUUUCCGAUUCUGGAAUCCUCACCAGACCUUUGAUCUGGCAUGCAAAGCAGAUUGUGGGCAUUUCCCUUACAAACGAUCACCACGGUUGUCUCAUCAACUCGCUUCAGCCUCUGUAUGUUGCUGGGACUCUUUUGAGUCAUCCCUCCGAGCACAAGAUCAUUGUGGAUCUUUUGUAUGCGAUUGAAAAGAGGACUGGAUGGUCCAUGUCAUGGCGCGCCCACGAUCUCAAACGUUACUGGGGCCUUUUGGAUAGAUAA